AUGCUGGUGAAGGCGGAGGGCAUGGCGCCGCCGGGCGAGGAGGAGCUGCUGCUGCUGGGGCUGGCCUCGCCCGCCCCCUCGCCCUCGCUGCCGUCCAGCGCCGAGGAGGAGGAGGAGGAGGAGGAGGAGGAGGAAGAGGCGGAGCUGCGCGCCGCCUCGCCGGCGCGGCCCGUCCCGGCGUCGGGCGGCCGCGGGUUGCGGCGUCCGGAGGGGAAGCGGCGACCGGGCCGGUGCCGCGGCGCCCCGCGGACGGCCCGAACGGCGGAGACGGCGCAACGCAUCAAGCGGAGCCGACGGCUGAAGGCCAACAACCGGGAGCGCAACCGUAUGCACAACCUGAACGCGGCGCUGGACGCGCUCCGCGACGUGCUGCCCACUUUCCCCGAGGACGCCAAGCUCACCAAGAUCGAGACGCUCCGCUUCGCCCACAACUACAUCUGGGCCCUCACCGAGACCCUGCGGCUGGCGGGGGCGGCGCGGCUCGGCCCCGAGGCGGCGGGGGGGGGCAGCCCCUCGCCCGCUUCCUCCUGGAGCGGCGGUGCCUCCAGCCCCGCGCCCUCCGCCUCCCCGUACGCCUGCACUUUAUCCCCCGCCAGCCCCGCCGGCUCCGCCUCGGACCCCGAGCACUGGCCGCCGCCGCCGGGCCGCUUCCCCGCGCCGCCGCCGCCGCCGCCGCCCCGUCGAUGCCUCUAG